UCCGGGCGGAGAGAAGCGGAGGACUCCACAGCAGAACGCCGCUCGGCUGCGUUUCUGUCUGGCAACAAGUGGACCGAGAGGGAGGCUGCGUGGAAGUCAGGAACCGAGAGAAACAUCCGAACCAGAACCGAACCGAGGACCUGCUGCGGGUCACAGGUUGCCCCGGCUGGAUGGAGAUGAGAACCCCGCUGCUGACGCUCCUCUGCGUCCUGUCCGCCGCCGUCGGCCAGGAACCCGACCACAGUCACGGCUGUGCUCACGGCAGCUGUUACCCGGCAACCGGAGACCUUCUAGUUGGACGAGAGAAGAACCUGAAGGCCUCGUCGACAUGUGGGAUGAGAAGGAAAGAACCGUACUGCAUCGUCAGCCAUUUACAGGAUGAGAAGAAGUGUUUCGACUGCGACUCCAGACGACCGUACGAUCCCGUCUACAACACCAUCAACCACCGGAUCGAGAACGUCAUCACCACCUUCAAGCCGCACCGGAAGAAGUCCUGGUGGCAGUCAGAAAACGGAAAGCCAGACGUUUUUAUCCAACUGGACCUGGAGGCAGAGUUUCACUUUACACACCUAAUUAUGACGUUUAAGACUUUCCGUCCUGCAGCCAUGUUGAUUGAACGCUCGGCCGAUUUCGGUCGCAGCUGGCAGGUUUAUCGAUACUUCGCCCACGACUGUGACACUUCAUUUCCUGGAGUCUCUCAGGGUCAUUUACGAACUGUUAACGACGUCAUCUGUGAGUCCAGAUAUUCUGACAUCGAACCGUCGACAGAAGGAGAGGUCAUCUACAAAGUGUUGGAUCCAGCCAUCAGCAUUGAGGACCCAUACAGCCCUGACAUCCAGAACCAGCUAAAAAUCACCAACCUGAGAGUGAACUUCACCAAACUUCACACGCUGGGCGACAACCUGCUGGACCCCAGAGCUGAGAUCAAGGAGAAGUAUUACUACGCCAUAUAUGAGCUGGUGGUUCGUGGAAACUGCUUCUGCUAUGGACACGCCUCGGAGUGCGCCCCCAUCGACGGCAUCAGGGACGACAUAGAAGGAAUGGUUCACGGCAGGUGCGUUUGCAACCACAACACCAAAGGAUUGAACUGUGAGCAGUGUGAUGAUUUCUACAACGAUCUGCCCUGGAGGCCUGCAGAAGGACGCAACACCAACGCCUGCAAGAAGUGUAACUGCAACAGCCACUCGUCCGUCUGCCACUUCGACAUGGCGGUGUAUCUGGCGACGGGAAACGUCAGCGGAGGAGUUUGUGACGACUGUCAGCACAACACGAUGGGACGAAACUGUGAGACGUGCAAACCUUUCUACUUCAAAGACCCCACUAAGGACAUCAGGGACCCUCGAGUCUGCAUUGCUUGUGACUGUGACCCAGACGGCUCCCAGAAUGGAGGGAUGUGUGACAGUAACACCGAUCCUUCCCUCGGUAUGGUGGGAGGUCAGUGCAGAUGUAAAGCCAAUGUUGAAGGUCCUCGAUGCGAUAAAUGCAAAACCGGCUUCUUCGGCCUGAGUGCAGAAAACCCUCAGGGCUGCCAGCCCUGCCAGUGCGACUACAGAGGAACAGUGUCUGGAAGCUCCCAGUGUGAUCCAGUUAGUGGAGACUGUUUCUGUAAACGUCUGGUUACUGGUCGCAGCUGUGAUCAGUGUCUGCCUGAACACUGGGCUCUGAGUCAUGACCUGAACGGCUGCCGAGGCUGUGAAUGUGACGUCGGAGGAGCUCUGGACAACCACUGCUCCAUGGACAGCGGUCAAUGUCGCUGCCGGAGUCACAUGGUCGGACGUCAGUGUGCUCAGGUGGAGUCUGGAUUCUUCUUCAUGGCUCUGGAUCACUUCCUGUAUGAGGCUGAGUGGUCCAAGAUGGGGCAGGGCAGCACGUUGGAGAUCAGGGAGCAUCAACCCGGUCGACCGGCCUCAUGGACGGGUCUCGGCUUCUCCCGGGUCCCUGAAGGCGGCACUUUAGAAUUUAUCAUCAGUAACGUCCCAUACUCCAUGGAGUAUGAUUUACUGAUUCGAUACGAGUCACAGAUGCCUCGGGACUGGGAGGAGGUGAGGAUCACGGUGAUCCGUCCUGGACCGAUUCCCACCAGCAGCCCCUGUGGAAACACCAUCCCAGAUGAUGACAGAAUCACCGUCUCUCUGCCGGCCGGGUCCAGGUUCAUGGUUCCUCCUCAGCCAGUUUGUCUGGAAAGAGGCGUCACCUACACACUUCGCUUUGAGUUCAGACGCUACCAGGACGCUAACAGCAUCCUCAACGGAGCCGCCAACGCCGUCGUCCUCGUCGACUCUAUCGCCUUGAUGCCUCGUCACACUUCCAUGGAGAUGUUCAAUGCCGGAGAUCCGUCUUCAAACAACAGGAAGCAGACCUACGAGCGCUACCGGUGCCACGAGGGCGCCAAGAGCGUCGCCCGUCCAGUGAUGAGCGACACCUGCGCGAAACUCAUCAUCAGCAUGUCGGCCAUCAUUAACGACGGAGCUCUGCCCUGUAACUGCGACCCUCAGGGAUCCAUCAGCUCCAUGUGUGAUGUCCGAGGAGGCCAGUGUCGCUGCAGACCCAACGUUGUCGGCCGACGCUGCGACCAAUGUGCUCCAGGAACUUACGGCUUCGGACCUUCAGGAUGUAUCGCUUGUGGUUGCAGCCUCGAAGGCUCGGUGACUCGACUCUGUGAUAAGUUCACCGGUCAGUGUCAGUGUCGUCCCGGAGCGUUCGGUCAGCGCUGCGACGGAUGCCAGGCCGGUCACUGGGGCUUCCCCAGCUGCAGACCCUGCCAGUGUAACGGACAUGCAGACCAGUGCGACCAGAGAACCGGAGCCUGCAUCAACUGUAGGGACAAUACUGGAGGAGACAAGUGUGACAGAUGUGCCGGUGGUUACUAUGGUAACCCAGUGUUGGGGACAUCAUCCGGAGGUCACUGUCGUCCAUGUCCCUGUCCAGAUGGACCCAACAGUGGACGCCAUUUUGCUGCUUCUUGUUACCAGGACAACCGAAACAGACAAAUUAUCUGCAACUGUAACCAGGGAUACACAGGAGCCCGAUGUGAGGAAUGUGCCCCGGGUUAUUAUGGGAACCCCUCUCAGCCGGGAGGUCGCUGCCAGCCGUGUCAGUGCAACAACAACAUCGACAUGUCGGACGUGGACGCUUGCGACAGGCAGACUGGAGAGUGCAGGAAAUGUCUUUACAACACCGAGGGACCAAACUGUGGCAUCUGCAGGAGCGGAUAUUUCGGAGAUGCUUCACGACGCAACUGCAGGAAGUGCACAUGUAACUUCCUGGGAACUGAGCGCAGCCAGUGUAUGGAACGGGAGGACUGUGUUUGCCAGCGGGCGACUGGACAAUGCCAGUGUUUGGCAAACGUCAUCGGCCUGACAUGCGACCACUGCGCCCCGAGUCACUGGAACCUGGCCAGUGGAAGAGGAUGCGAACCAUGCAGCUGUGAUCCCAACAACUCUGUCACCUCUUCCUGUAAUGAGUUUACUGGACAGUGUCAAUGUCGCGACGGCUUUGGAGGGAAGACCUGCACAGACUGUCAGGAGAACUACUGGGGAGACCCAAGGACUCAGUGCAGAGCUUGCGACUGCGACUGGCGUGGGAUUGAGACCUCCCAGUGUAACCGAGUGACGGGUCACUGUGUCUGUCAGCAGGGGGUGUCGGGUGUGCGCUGUGACCAGUGUGCUAGAGGCUUUUCUGGACAGUUCCCCAACUGCCAGCCCUGCCACCAGUGCUUUGGGGACUGGGAUCGCAUUGUGCAGGACUUGGCAGUGCGUACCAAGGCUCUGGCUGAGCGUGCCCGUGAGAUUCAGACCACUGGACUUAUCGGGCCCUACGAGAAGGCCUUCAAAGAGCUGGAGGAGAAACUGGCACAAGCUCAGGGCAUCGUCAACGCACGCAACGCCACUGCUGCAGCUGUCGCUACGCUAAUGGAGCUAAUGGAAGAGCUGAGAGCCCAGAUUGGUGACACCACUGAUACCUUAAACCGUCUGGAAGGAGACCUGACCAGCGUCCAGGACAGCAGCUCUGAGGCGAGUAAAGAACUGAGCGCUCUGGAGAGGGAGGCUAAAGAACUGAAUCUCACUUCAGAGCAGCUGCACCGCCAACUGGAUAUCCUCAAAAACUCCAACUUCCUAGGAGCGUAUGACAGCAUCCGGAGCUCCUACAACAAGUCUCGUGAUGCAGAGCGACGCGCUAAUGAAUCAACGACCACCAGGCCGAGCACCGUCAGCCAGUCUGCAGACACCCGCCGUCGCACCGAGCGCCUCAUCGCCGCCAAGAAGGACGACUUCAACCGGAAAAACGCCGCAAACAAGCGAGGGCUGGGAGACCUGAACGCCAGAGCACAAGGCCUGGACAUGAAGAAGAUCAACGAGAAGGUGUGUGGCGCUCCAGGUGAUGCUCCCUGUGGAGAAAGUCCUUGUGGUGGUGCAGGUUGCCGAGACGAUGACGGGAACCGUCACUGUGGAGGCCUGAACUGUAACGGCGCUGUGGCGGCCGCCAAUAAUGCUCUGGAGAAAGCCAAACAUGCAGAGAAGGAGCUGAGCAAAGCUAUGGGGGAGGUGGAGGGACUCUUUACCAAGGUUGCAGAGGCAAAGACCAAAGCAGAGGAGGCCAAAGGUAAAGCCCAGGCUGCUCUGGAUAAAGCCACGGCCACCAAGAACAAGGUGGAGCGCUCCAACAACGACCUGAGGGACCUCAUCAAACAGAUCCGGGAGUUCCUCACUCAGGAGGGAGCCGACCCAGACAGCAUCGAGGACGUAGCGAACCGAGUGUUGGAGCUCUCCAUCCCGGCCUCGCCUGUCCAGAUCAGACACCUCGCUGACGAAAUCAAAGAGCGAGUUCGCAGCCUCUCCAACGUGGAUGCAAUCCUGCAGCGUACGCAGGACGACGUCCGCAAGGCAGAGCAGCUGCUGCUGGAUGCCAAGAGGGCGAGGCAUCGUAGUGAGGGCGUGAAGAGCACAGCAGAGACGGUGAAAAAGGCCCUGGUGGAUGCUAAGACUGCUCAGACUUCAGCAGAGAAAGCCAUUGCCAAGGCUAAAGCUGACAUCGGGGAGACUGAGAAUCGACUGGCAGAGAUCGAGUCCGAGACGUCCAACAGUGAGAAGGACCUGAACGACGCCAUGGACCGACUCGGCACUCUGGGACACGAGAUCAACGCCCUGAAGACCAAACGUGCCAACAACAGCAUGGCAGCGGCCCGAGCCGAGGAGACGGCCACCAUGGCCCGAGACAAGGCCAACGAAGCCAAGCAGAUUCUAGACGGCCAGCUGACAGAUAAAUACAACGAGGUGCAGCAGCGGGUCGACACCAAAGCCAAGGCUGUGCAAGACGCCAAGAAAAGGGCGGAAAGUCUCAGAGACGAAGCGAAGGAGCUGCUUAAAGACGCCCAAAACAAGCUGCAGAGACUCGCAGAACUGGAGAAGAACUAUGAGGAGAACCAGAGGCGGCUGGAGGGAAAAGCUCGGCAGCUGGACGGUCUGGAGGACAAGAUGAAAGGAAUCCUGAACGACAUCAACAGACAGAUUCAGAUCUACAACACCUGCCAGUAACCCACCUGCUGUUCUGCCGCCUCAUUCGACAAACCUGACUAUAGACUUUAUGGUAAAAAAAGUGAAUGUGCAUAUUUUCUGUCUUUUUUUGUAAAUGUUUCAAACUGUUGCUGUUACACUGAAUUAUUAGCCUAGCUGCACUAGACAACCCACGGCAACGAAUUUAAUUCUCUGCCAGGGUGGGUCUAGUUACCCUCAAUAAGCCUCGAGGCUGGAUGCUCCUAAAACUGGCCGAUGAAUCACCAUGAAGUGUAGAGUCAGAAGGCGAGUGUAACUAAGUGACGACAGAGGCGCGACGAUUCUGACAGAAACAACCGGAAACAACUAGCCUAGCCGCGCUAGACAACCCACGGCAACGAAUUUAAUUCUCUGCCAGGGUCGACAACAAAAACGACAACAGUUGUUGAGCUCCAUUAGCACCGACUCUGAAUAAUCUUUCUCUUAACAUGUCUGUAAUAUACUUGAGCUUCACCCAUUGACUGUAUAAAUAAGGCUUCACCGAACUCCCGCAUCCUCUGAUUUCCGGCGCUCUAGGAACUCCGUCAGCCUAUUCGUUGCGCUGAUUGGUUGUGUACCUACCCAAUUGCUGCAGAGUGAUUUGAAAGACAACCUUUUAGCCCGCCUCCCUCCCUGUCGAGCGGCCCUAGACCCUUGCGUCUUCAGAGCUGGGCCAGGCUACUGAAUUAUACAAACAUAAGUGAACAUGUAAAAGCUGUCUGAUGUCACACAUUUUAAUUUGUGCAUAUUAUUUUUGCUUUUGAUUUUAACAAAGAAUAUGGAAUGUAUGAUUUAGAGAAGUUAACUAUGCACAGAUUUCAGGAGAAAAUCGAGCUUUAAAAAUAAUCUGCAGGUUAUUUUUGUAAUCAUAUUUAUAUUCUAUUAUUUUUGCCUUUAUUUAACAGUUGAUAGUGUAGCUGUGAUUAUGUGGGAUGAGCCUUAAAGCCGGAGUAGGCAGUUGUUUUGGGGGUUUUUUGGCAUCGCUGGGCACAAUGUUCUCAACAUAUUGCAGGAACUUCAUUCUUGGCAAUGUUUUCAGGCUCCAGAAGGUCUGACAGGAGACGUUUACCUCUAAGAUAACAGAUUGAACAGACACAAAAUCCACAGUGUAAAGAGAAUUUAGUGGUGCAGUCAGUUAGAUUCCUUUUCCAGAUUUCUGUCGACAGCAUCUUUAAGCAUUUGUCCACCGGAUCCUUGUUAAAGACAUUUAUUCCUGUAAUGUAGAUGGACUCUACACUGUCAUUUCUCUUUGUCUUCCACUGGAAUCAUGUUAAACUGCAGUGGACGGUGUCUUCUUGCAGCAGUAAACUGCUUUAAAAUGCAUGAAAACAUCAAAUCCAAGCGUGGUCAGGUUCAUUUGUGUUUUUGGAGAUUGCUUGACAGAAUUACUUUUACUUUGUGGUAGUUUAUUUUGAAAUAAGCCAAAAGAAGAACGGGCUUCUUCAGUGAAAAGUGUGGUUUAGGAAUCCAGUUAGUCUUUGUAUAAACAACGUGACCAUUUUAUGUCAAAAUCAAUUGGUGUGUAAGUGGGUGGUCCAGAGGGAAAAGGCUUUAUGCAAACACAGUUUAAGGUGUUUGCAUAAACACUUUAAACAUAUACUGUUUAAAGUCUUUUUAUUUGGGUAAGCAACAAGUCUUUUCUGGACGGAUUUAAAGAAAUAGUUUGACAUUUUGUACAACAGGUUUAUUCAUUGUUUCCCUCAAAGCGAGAUCAAAAAAUAGAAACUACAUGUUUGUGGAGGCAGAAGAUGUUAGCUUAUCUGAGCAUGCAUGCUGAAAAUGGAAAAACAUCACUAUUGCACAUGUUUACUAGCAGAAAAACCAACCAGUGUUCAUUGACACAAAAUUGAUCAAGUCUUUACCAAAAUGAGUGAGUCUUUUUCAUGUAUUCUGUGAUGAAACAUGUAAAAUCUGCUGUCUUUAUGUUAAACGGGAUCCACAGUGCAGUGUUUGUUGUGCCUCACAUGGCCAGUUUCAUUUACUAUUUGCAUGACAAGUUUUGUUUCAGGAAUUAAAACCCUCUCAGCUGCAGCCACAUAGUUGGCAACUAAAGCCUAGAAUACCCCAAAACCUGUGUAAAGUUUUACAGUGUACAGUUUUGUGAAUAAAGGUUGAAUCAUUUCA